CUUGAUUCUGCAGCGAUGGGAAGUCGAGCGAGCGCUGAAAAAAUGAGCAUUCCCCUCUCUCGCUCUGAGGUGUUCGGGGAGCUGAGGAAGGAGCUUCAUGAAGAUGAAAAGUUCCAUCAGUCAGACGCUCACGUCUUCAUCAUCAUGGGAGCAUCGGGGGAUCUGGCUAAGAAGAAAAUCUACCCGACUCUUUGGUGGUUGUUCAGAGAUGGCCUCCUCCCCGAACAGACAUAUUUUGUGGGCUUUGCCCGCUCGGACUUGACAGUCGAUGCCAUUCGAACUGCUUGCAUGCCGUACCUGAAGGUGACAGAUACAGAAGCAGAGCGGUUGUCGGCCUUCUUCAGCAGGAACACGUACAUCAGCGGGAAAUAUGCCGACCAGGCGUCCUUCUCCAAACUCAACACACACAUCCGGUCUCUGCCCGGAGGACCCGAGGCAAACCGCCUCUUCUACCUGGCACUGCCACCCACCGUCUACCACGACGUUACCAAGAACAUAAAGCUGAGCUGUAUGAGCACAAAAGGCUGGAACAGGGUGAUCGUAGAGAAGCCGUUUGGACAUGACCUUCAGAGCUCUGAGGAGCUGUCCACUCACCUCUCCGCUCUCUUCACCGAGGACCAAAUCUACCGUAUCGAUCACUAUCUUGGCAAGGAGAUGGUGCAGAACCUCAUGGUGCUCAGGUUUGGCAAUCGUAUCUUCGGGCCAAUCUGGAACAGGGACAGUGUGGCCUGUGUUGUUCUCACCUUUAAAGAACCCUUUGGCACUCAGGGACGAGGAGGAUACUUUGAUGAUUUUGGCAUCAUCCGCGAUGUCAUGCAGAACCACUUACUCCAGAUGCUCUGCCUGGUUGCCAUGGAGAAACCAGCAUCCACCAGCUCGGAUGAUGUCAGAGAUGAAAAGGUGAAGGUGCUGAAGUGCAUCGCUCCAGCAUCAAUGUCGGACGUUAUUCUCGGCCAGUAUGUGGGGGAUCCAGAGGGUGAGGGGGACGCAAAACUGGGUUACCUCGAUGAUUCUACAGUUCCAAAAGGAUCGACUCAGGCCACCUUCACCGCCGCUGUGCUCUACGUGCACAACGAGCGCUGGGACGGUGUCCCUUUCAUCCUGCGCUGUGGAAAAGCUCUGAAUGAGAGGAAAGCCGAGGUGCGGCUGCAGUUCACAGACGUACCGGGGGACAUAUUCGGAGAUACGUGUCGCAGGAAUGAGCUGGUGAUGCGUGUGCAGCCGAACGAGGCCGUCUACGCCAAAAUGAUGAGCAAGAAACCCGGCGUCUACUUUAGCCCAGAGGAAACUGAGCUGGACCUCACCUACAAGAGUAGAUACAAGGAUGUGAAACUCCCAGACGCUUACGAACGCCUCAUCCUGGAUGUUUUCUGUGGCAGUCAGAUGCACUUUGUACGCAGUGAUGAACUAAGGGAAGCAUGGAGGAUCUUUACACCUCUUCUUCAUCAGAUAGAGCGAGAGAAGCCCAAACCCAUUCCUUACAAAUAUGGAAGCCGUGGCCCAACCGAGGCGGACGACCUCGCGAAGAGGGUUGGAUUUCGCUAUGAAGGCACUUAUAAAUGGGUCAACCCUCACAGACUGUGAACUGUGAAGAGAUGAGGGAGGGAGGAGUAGAUGUAGGAGAGUAGGAGAGUUUGCAGCAGGGUAAGUGAGCUGUGUCAUGUUCCAACACUGCAGUGUCUUUAAGGAAAGAGGUGUUUCCACCAUGUGGAUCCAUUGAGGUAGCAUUUAGCUAUUUAAAGAAAAUUGUCUAUAUUUCAGGUAUAGAAUUAUUUCUUGGAGCCAAUUCAUCGGCUAUUUAAAAUCGCAUUAGUAAUUUAUGCUGAUGUCUUAAAUGGGCCUAUAAUACUUUUUUUUUUAAUUUUUAAUAAAUUCAUACAUUCCCAGCAGAUUUCCAUGUUUUAUUUGAGAUGUGGGACAAAUGACAGUUUUAGAGGGAACAAAAAAUAUGAACCAGGAUAUUUCUUUGAACAUAACUGAUGAUGUAGCUCCAUAUCUAUAUGAAAUAAGUCUUAAUUUGUCAGGAUGGAAAAUGGAAUUAAAAAAAAAAAAAGAGUAACAAGAACAGAGCAGAAGAACAACUCAAACGCUGAGUCAUGCUCACCCAGUGAAACUAUUGUACCAAAGACAGUCAGUGAACGCAGCAGAGAAGAGGAACACAUGACUGAUUGUUCACCAUCUUUCACUCAUGAUUGUAAUACCAUUAUGCUUCUAUCGCAUUUAUUAGUCAUGCUUAUAUCUUGUAACUUUCAUACCAUCUCUGCCUCCUGUGUCUGGGUCCAAACAGGUCAUGGCUGUCUGAGAUAAAUAGACUGUGGUUUACAUAGAGAGGCAGAGGCAGUUUCUCUUUGAAGCAUUCAUACUGCGAUCGUCUUAAGUGUCCUUACGGACUAGCAAAACAAACUCUCUGUCUUGUUUAGUAGCCUCCCUUUGAGCUUUGUUCCCUUUUUGUUUACAUUACUUUCUGAGUUUAUUUAAGUUGCUGAUGUUCAUCUUAUAUUUUCCAAAAUAUCCAGACAGCAGCAGCAUCCAUGACUAAACAGUGAAUGUCUUUGUAAUGAUGUACUGUAUGUUUACUGCUGUUAACUGCACUCUCACAUGUAAAGCUAGCUACAUUUCCACAACUUGUAAUAAAAUAGUUUUGCUUCUC